UACUAUAACCUAAUGUUUACUAUGCAAUCAUUGAUUACAUUACUGGCCAUAAUCAUGGCUACAGGUGCUACAGGGGUUGCCAGUGUGCGGCAAAUAAAUCAGGCCGGCAUCGACCUAAUCAAACAACAGGAGGGGUUUCGGGCUAACUAUUAUUACGAUCAAAUUGGCCAGAAAACCAUAGGCUACGGUCAUGCCUGUGCUUUCGAUCCGCAACACUGUAACCAAUUGCAACCCCCACUUAGCGAAGCCCAGGCAACCGAUUUGAUGCUCAAAGAUUUGGUACAAUUUGAACAAUGUGUCGACACGGCAGCACCGGGACUAUUGAAUGACAACCAGUUUGCUGCAUGYACAUCAUUUGCCUUCAAUAUGGGAUGUCUGGGUUUUACMCGGUCUACCGUUUUGCAGGCCAUACUUCAACGUAACUAUCMASAGGCGGCCGACAAUUUCAAUCAAUACACAUCAAUGGCCGGUCAGGUUAUACCCGGUUUGGUUAACCGUCGCCGAGCAGAGUCAGCACUGUUCAGGUCWUAG